AUGUGUGAUAAGGCUGACUGUAUUAGUAUAGCUGACUCGUACUUCUUAAAUUAUCUUAAAUUUCUUGGUGUUUUUAUAAAGAUCAAAGAAGAAGAGAAAAACAAGACCUGA